AUGAGCUUAUUACGGAACCAUAUGGAGCAGAUAUCCCUCUCCGCAUCCGCGAUAGCAGACUUAUCAUUCCCUCCUCCAAAGCCAUUCGUCAAUGCGCUUCUCGGCAAGCAUGACAUCACAACUCUUAUCCGUGACACAGAGGCACAUGAACGGGCCCUCUUCUCCGUCGACAAUACCACCAGAUCUCAACGGAGAGCCACCCGUCGAGGAACGAUGUUUGUAGCUGAGACCGAACGAGAGUCCAUGAUUAGCCGUAUAUACGCUGUGAGGGACCGUACCAAUCAGUCUGCUGUUGCGCGGGUCUUGGGCGGUGAUAUGAUGGAUGCUAUCAGACGGUCCACAGCACCAACAUCAGAUAGAACUACCAAGAACGGGCUGGACAUUGAGGUUCUGCUACGCGGUGCAGAAAUGCUUUGCAACGUAUACCCAGUUGCGGGAGCCAAAGAGAAGAUUGCCUCUAUACGAUCUCGUCAUCGUGAAAUUACGGCUUCUCUUGAGUAUCUUGAAAAGCACGUUACUGACCAGGCAGAAGAGCUGGAACGAAUGAAUCUCUCCCAAUAUGAUGAUAAUGAAUACCAUCAGUAUAAGUCAGAGGAUAUUCCUGAGACCGUAGAAGUUACGGAUGAAGAUAUCGAGCUCGAACUUGAAGCUAUUAGGGAGCUUGAAGCGAAGAAACGGCGUCUAGAAGCUAGGGUUACUGGGAUGGAGAAAGACUUAGGCGGGCUCCUACGGUGA